AUGGGAGGAGUUGAUAUGAGCCGCGAUUACUACGCGGACCUGGAGCUUUCAGCGGACGCUGACACCAACGAGAUCAAGAAGCAGUUCCGAAAGCUUGCACUCAAGUACCACCCCGAUCGUAAUCCAGGACGCGAGGCCGAGGUCAACUCCAGAUUCCAGAUCAUCCAGUCGGCCCACGAGAUUCUUACCGAUCCCCAACAGAGAGCCAAGUAUGAUGCUGGACGGACACGAUCAAGAUACCCCACGGCCUCGGGGGUGAGAGGCAACCCCUGGCAGAACGCGGGUGCUAACUUCCCACCGCCUCCUCGCCGUAACGCAACGACUCGUAACCCUCCGCCGCCCCCCCCGGCUUCGGGUGCGAGCAGAUAUCGCAACUUUGCGUCGGGUGCUGCCCCUACGGCCAAAGCACAGCAAUCGAGAGACGACCCUGAAGCGAAGCGCAACGCGUGGCAUGCGUUCGAGAACAUGAAGGGCGGUCGCGCCAGCCAGCCCCAGCCAAAACCCCAGCCAAAACCCCAGCCUGAGACUCCCAAGCGACCGGUACCGCGAACUCCUUCCCAGAAACAGAGAGCCGAGGCUUCAUUUGGACGCAAGGGUGGCUACACGCCUCACUCCCCAGUGCCUGGAGACGAGCCCCCGGUAAACACCUCCAACUACUCCACCUCUUCCCGGCACACAAACAUCUUCGCAGACAAUGCCCGCAGACAACAAGAGGCAGGUGUACCGGAUCCUCUCGCCCAGUUCCGCGAGGCAUAUUCGGAUACUCGCCAGAGCACUCCGUACACUUCCAAUGGCGGAGAGAAGACCAACCCUUUUGACGGAAUCCCCAUAGGACGAGCCAAGAGCACUCGUGAGAGCCCUCGACCACCUCAGGAGGGCCAUGGCCCCAAUCUUUCACCGGGCAGCGCUCGAACACGCGCCCAGAGUGUCCCACGCCAGGCGAAGACUGAACCCUCGAGCCCGAGGACAUCCACGUCGACGUCGCAGGACGACCGCCCAAACUCAUCAAGCGCCACCGCGUCCCGUACCCCUAAAGACCCUUUCAGAUCCCGCGCAAGCGCAAGAUAUACGCCGCCAGACACUGCCGCGGGUCAUCGUUCUGAGAACAGUCAGCCCAAGUCAGCGGCUCCGCAUAAUCACAACGGAACUGUUCACAGCCAGGCAACAGCAACGCCCAAAGGAUCUUCAAUGUACGACUUCCCUUCUCCAACUCCAUCUUCUGCUUUCGCAUUUCCUCAGUCAAAUUGUACUUUCACGCACGGCAACUAUGGAGCAUCUUCAACGUGGAAACCACAGGCUUGUUGGCAUCAGAGGGCUGAACGCACAAGCGACGCCAUGGUGUUCGAGUCGCCGUCUCCUAGUGGAGGCAGCUCGGGAAGUCACUCGCUCACGCCUUUUGAACGGAAGCAGGGUGAACUUUUGAGCAAGCUUGUCAAGAGGCAGGCCCCCGAUCUGACGCCGCUCGGUCGUCACAAGCGCCAUACAACUGCCCCUGACCAUGACAAUGGUGUGAACACUGCUGACAAGAGAACCAACGAUAGCUUCAACUUCCCGAUCGACGACGACACUUUCGCCCGCACCGUGCCGCGGCAGCCGACGUUUGACCGAAAGAGCACCGAUGGUAUUAACACUAGUUUUGUUAACGGCGACGGCUCUGAGGCCUACACAUUCAGUGCUGGCAGCCCUAUCCAGGAUCCAGCUGCUAAAGCUCGCUCGCAGUCUGGAAGUCGUGUAGGCCGCCGAUCGCCGAUCAAACGUCCGAGCUUGAGACAUCAGAAAGACACUUCUGGUCAGCCGUUAGGUUCACCUUCGGCUGAUGGCAAAUUUGACGCCCAGGACUGGACAAAGAAGAUUGGAGCGCAAAACUUCGUGCCGACACAGUCCGCGUCGACAUCCCCGACUCGUAUCUCGCGAGCAAACUCUAGGAAGACCAGGGUCAAGCCAACAGCGGGUGGCGGCGCCGGUUUGGUGAGUGAGGAAUAUGACAGUGAUGAGGAGAGCGAGUGGCGUGGUCGCAAGUCAACUACCGAGCCAGUUGGGGCGAAAAGCCCGAAUGCGAUGGACAUUGACCCCCCACAGAGCGGGGAUGCACCGCGAAGAGACCGCUCUAGCGCUGUGAGGAACAUUCCCGUCGAACCAUCUCGCCCGGAAUGGAGGCCUGGAAAUGUGAAUGGAAUGCAGGAGACCGGUCCCAAGCUCCCGCGUAGGGGGCCAGAGUUCAAUCCUAAUGCUGCCGGUUCGGAGGACAGCGAAGAAUUUAGGGCCAGCCUCGCUGACCUCAAGAAUGUGGCGCCCUUUACACAAAACUCUGGCCUGGGUUCUUUGGGCGACCUCAAGAUGAACCUUCCUUUCGAGAGUCAGCCUUCAAGCAGAGCACCGAUCGAGAAAGAGACGAAACCGCCUCUCGACUUUCCAGUGAUUCCCCAGGCACCUCGACCUCCGCCGACGUUCGCAGUCGGCCUCAAGCCCACGGGCGGUGCCUGGCAAAAGUACACGCAGGACUUCCAGAGCUAUGUCAUGAGAUGGGAGAUCUUCAACGCUCAAGUCAUCGAGCACUUCAAUGCACGCAAGGCGAACAUUGCCGAUCUUCGGGCUCGAAAGAGCUAUUCCUUCCUCGUCUCUCGCGGCGACGAUGAGAUUCUGGAGUAUCUGGAAUGGAUGGCACAGGAUAAGGAGGUUCGAAGAAAGUGGGCUGUUGCCUGUGAGGACCACGAAGCCCGCAUUCGGGAGUUUAUGGUGUACAAAGGCAAGAUGGCAGCGUAA